CUUUCUCCCAAGGAAGACCAAGCAUAGCGCCAAUAAUCGCGCCUACACUUGAUACCCUCACUAACACUUACUCUGACGGACUGACGGUGUCUGAAAUCUCUACAUUCUACGUGCAAGCUAUCUCACGUCAACAUGGCGGACAUCGAUGCUGAGCUGGCAGGCAUCGGCAAGGAGCUCGACAAGGACGCAGAGAUUGAUCGCAUCCGCAGCGUCUUCAGCCUCGAUGCCUACGCUGUCCUAGACCUCCAACCCGGUGUCCCCGAAUCCGACAUCAAAAAAGUCUAUCGCGCAAAGUCCCUCCUCAUCCAUCCGGACAAGACCAAGAACGAGCUCGCCCCCGACGCCUUCGAUCGCCUCAAGAAAGCCCAGACGGUGCUGCUCGACGAGAAGCUGCGCGCGGAGCUCGACGAAAACAUUGCCGAUGCGCGCAUGCUACUCAUGCGCGAGAAGAAGCUCACAGCCGACGACGAGGAAACACGUAGUGAAGAGUUUGCCAAGGAGUGGCGGCAGAAAACUAUCUGGGUUAUACGAGAGAAUGAACUAAGGAAGCAGAGGCAGAUGAAGGCAGCGAUGCGCGAGGAGGGCAGGGCACAGCGCAAAGAGGAGGAAGAAGCCAAGGAGCGCAAGCGCAAGAGAGAGCAAGACGAGGCGUGGGAGAAGACACGGGACACAAGAAUCAAUAGCUGGCGCGACUUUCAGCAGGGCAAGAAACCAGAUGCUUCUGCCGAUGGUGGUGUAAAGAAGAAGAAAAAGAAGGUCAAGGCCUUAGGUUAAGCUUAUCGCCUCCUUACCAUAGAUCUGGGAUUUCUUCACCAUACCUUACCAUUUGCCGGAAGAAAGCCAGAAAACACACAUGGCCACUAUCUCAAAAAAAAGUAUCCGCCGUGUAUUCUGCGCUCCCUCCAAGCACCCAAGCUAGUCAUGUCUCUUCUCGAUACCCAACAUACUUAGUUUACUUCCCCCCCCUUUACUUACGUCCCUGCAUACAAUACAUACAUAACUAGUAAUACCAAGUAGCCACACACUCAAUAUGUAUCUCCGAACC